AUGGAACCUGAGGAUUUUGAGUCUAAGGACAAAGAGAUAUUAAGCUGGGAUAUCAAUGAUGUAAAACUGCCACAGGAUGUGAAAAAGACAGACUGGUUCCAAGAAUGGCCGGAUUCCUACGAGAAGUACAUCUACAGCUCGGAGGACAGGAGCGCGCAGAGGCACCUGAGCAGCUGGGCCAUGCGCAACACCAACAACCACAACUCGCGCAUCCUCAAGAAGUCCUGCCUGGGCGUGGUGGUGUGCAGCCGCGACUGCUCUGCCAAGGAGGGCCGCAAGAUCUACCUGCGGCCUGCCAUCUGCGACAAAGCCCGGCAGAAGCAGCAGAGGAAAUGCUGUCCCAACUGCGAUGGGCCCCUGAAGCUCAUUCCUUGCCGAGGCCACGGGGGCUUCCCGGUCACCAACUUCUGGAGGCAUGAAGGACGCUUCAUAUUUUUCCAGUCAAAGGGAGAACACGAUCAUCCAAAGCCAGAAACCAAAUUGGAAGCCGAGGCAAGAAGAACAAUAAAGAAAGUGCACGUGGCAUCUUCCUCCGUCUCCUUAAAGCUGAACAGGGGCCCAGAGGCAAAGUCUGUUCCAGGUGAAGCGCAAAGUUGGGGGAAUUUACCUUUAAACUGGUCUUUCCAGGAGAGCAUCCACCUGCCUGGUGGGGACGGUGGACAUUUGGCGGCUGGGAUCCCCCAGCAGAAGUCACCGAACGAUUGCUUAUUUAAGAGCUACGGUUUGGGGGGAGCCGCGGACCUGGCAGACCCCACUUCUACCAUGAGCCCCACUGAGCUCUAUGAGAAAUGCAAAGUGUCCAGCGCUCGGCUCUAUGGUGGCGGGGACCUGCUUCCGCCUCCCGUCUCCGGAGUCCUCUCCGAUUACAGUGAUCUGCAAACAUGGAAUAAAAACGCUGCUUUGGGGAGAAGCCCUCUUAGCGACAACGGGUGUCCCAGUUACCCCUUUCCUCAGGCCGGCUGGCCUUAUGACUUCUCCCCUUCCCCGAACGCUUUAGAUCCCCUUUCUCAGCAGAUUCCAGUGGAACCACCAUCAGCCAAAACGGGCUGCCUCCCGUUAUGGCCAAAUCCAGGGGCGGAUCUUUACGAAGAGAAGGUGCACGUGGAUUUUAACAGCUACUACCCUCCCGCCACGUGCCAUUCGCCUCAGGAAGACCCCUUUCUCUUUACCUAUACCUCUUAUCCUCACCAUCAGUACUCACUGCCAGGCAAGAGCAGCAAAUGGAAUUUUGAUGAAGAAAUGAGGUACAUGGGUUUGGAUCACUACAACAAUGAAAUGCUUCUCAACCUCUGUCCUUUAAGAUGA